AUGAAUACAGAUCAGCAAAAAGUGAAUGAAAUAUUUCAGAGCUCAAAAGAAAAAUUGCAAGGCGAUGCGAAGGUGGUGAGUGAUGCCUUUAAGGAAAUGGCCAGUAAAGACAAGGACGGCAAGGUUGGCAUCAGUGAUGGAACCGAAAAACACGACUACCAGGAGCAGUACAACAAGUUGAAGGGCGCAGGGCACAAGAGGGAAUAG